AUCAAAGCUCAUAAAGGGGAAUACUUCAUCGUGGACUUCAAAAAUAACACUGCAGUAAUUGAUCAUGCAGUACACUAUAAUUAGUUAUCUGUUCAUACAAAUAUUAAUAAGAUUAUGAUAUUGCCUGUUCCAUAUGGAAUCUGAUACAUAAGAUUAAAAUAACAUGAACAUGGUGGAAUUUUAAAAGAAAAAAAUAAUCAUGACUACACGAAGAAGUAGAAUUAAAGGGAUCGCAAAUAUUCCUCAGAGACGUAAACCAGAAAAUGAAAAAAUUGAAGAAAAAAAGGAUCAAUUAGGUGUUGAAGCUAAAUUGGAAUCUAAAUGUGAGGUAAAUGAUAGCAACUUAACUAUUAUAAACGAUGAUACGACGAAAAGUCUUUCAGAAGAUAAAGGAUUGCCCAAUCUUUCAGAAGAACAUACCGACUCUAAUGAAGUUUUAAUUGGUGUCUCAGACCAUGUGGAAACUUUUGAGAAAAAAACUAUUACAGAGGAAAUUCCAUCAGUAAAAGUACCUCCAACAAGCAGUAAACCACCUAUUACAUUUAAAAGAAAAUUAUUAAAAGGUUCUGUGUCUCUAAGUGCAAUUCAUAAGAGGAAAAAAACUGAAGAAGUAAGAUCAGUUGCCGAAAAAAGACAAGAAAUUGAUACUGAGGAGAAUUUGAGCAAAUCAAAUGAAAAUUAUGUAAAGUCGGAAACUCCAAAAUUAUCUACUACCGAAAAUAAAAAAAAGCCUGAUGACACAACCCCGAGAAUUACAAUUUCGACAUCAGAAAGUAUUGUAACCACUGGAACAAAAAAAACAGAAAAUGUUUUCCAAAAACCUGCAUCAGUAAUUAAUAAUACUUCACUUUCUGAUACUGAAUAUCCUUUACCUCCACCCAGUCCUAAUAAAGCCAAUAGAACUAGGAUAAAACCUAUACCGAGACUAGCACACAGAAAAACUAGUUUUAGUGCUAGUGAAUCUGAAGAUGAGAGCAGAAAAAUUAAUAGAAACAGGAAUGAUUCUGUUUGUUCAACAACAUCUGCAAUCACAGAAUCAAUCACGGAAUGCUUUUCGCCUCAACGCCCUAAAGAAGUAAUAGCAAUUUCUCAGCCGAAAAAAAGUACAGUUCGCUCAGAUCAAACAAGAAAAAUAGCGGAAGCCCGAAGAGAGUUUGUUAGAAGAUUUGGAUUUAACAAACCGGAAAGAAAUAGACUCACUAUGAUGGAUCUUAUUUUCUAUAAUCCAGAUACAAAUCCAAUGGUAAAUGAAGAUAAUACUAAAGAAAACAACACUGAAAUCGAAGUAGAUAAUACCAUAAAUGAAGAGGAAAAUGUAGAUGAUCCUAGUAAUAAAAAUGACACAAAAAGUGAUGAAGAAAACGAAAUGCCAGUACCACAAAUAAAGAUCGGUCCAUCUGGAGAGAUUAUCCUUGAUGAACAAAGUCUUGUGAUUGAAAGAAAAGAAGUACAAAGAAAAAGAGAGGAAAUGGAAAAAUCUAAAGUCUUAGAUGUAGACAAGAUAAAAACUGGUUAUGGAAUAUACAAAAAACACAAACGAACAAAAUUUUGGACUGCUAGCGAAACAGUUUAUUUUUACAAAGCUCUAAAUACCAUUGGAACAGAUUUUACUCUAAUGUGCGAACUUUUUCCAAACCGAACUAGACGGGAACUGAAAAUAAAAUUCAAGAAAGAAGAAAAAGUAAAUAGGAAUUUGAUUGACAAAGCCUUAACACAACCAUGCGAUUUUGAUUUUGAAGAUUUGAAAAAUGAAAUUGAACUAGAAGAAAGAGAAUUGGAAGCGAUUAAAAAACAUCAAGAGGAGCUGAAGAAAUUGAAGGAAGAAGUGGCUAAAGAAAAUCAGAAAUUACUCACAGAGAAAAAUCAAAAAAGAAAAGCUGCCGAAUUGAACAACCCGAAAACUUAUGUUCCAAAACCAAAACCAAUUUCUGAGAUAGAUAUCCCAAAAUUAGUGGAAACGAAAACAAAAGAAAAGGUACCGUUGAAACAAAAAACGAAAAAAGAAAAACCAAACAAAGACAAUUCUUCGAGACCUAAACUCCCUAAAAGAUCUAAAAAGCAGAAGCUAUCAAUAAAAACUUACAUGUCAGAUAGUGAUGCAGAUGAAUCGGACAUGGCGACUCAAAGUGAAUCAGAAGAAGAUGUAGUAUUAUCAAAUAAACCAACUAGAUCCGGGAGAGUACCGAAAGCAACCCAAAGGUAUGACAAUGAAUUUUCCAGCAUAGCAUCUCUAAUGAAACGAAACAAAAUACCAGAUAAAGAUCGUCCAGAAAACAUUGAACCCGGAUCAAUAAUGGUUAUCACCGAAAUCGGUCCUAAUGGAGAACCUGUGUACAAACUUUAUAUGGUUACGCCCGAACAAAAAGCUACUCCUUUAGAUGUACCCUCUGAUGUUGCCGAAGCUAUACAACUCAAAAAAGGAAUGUCCGCCAAAAACAUCAUGACCAUAUCUGCCAAUGUUACAGACGACGAAGAAAUUAUUGCUGAAAAUAACAUUACAAUAUCGGCAGAUGAAAACAUAACUACUAUGAGAAACAUUGAUAAGAAUAUGGAAACUAAUAUAACUAUACCUGCUGAUGAAAACGUUACCACACUUAGAAGUGAAUUAAUUAAUAAAAUUAAACAAAAUGUUGACAACAAUGAUGAACAAAAUGUUGAAACUGAAAAGAAAGAAAGCAGUAUGGAUAGCACAUUAGUUUUACCUGAAGGAACUAUUGAAGAGGAGAAUUUUAAUGGAGAUAUCGGUCGUUCAGAAGACAACACAGUGGAAAAUAAUUUAGAAACUGAUGAUAGAGAUGAAAUUGAAGAUACUAGUGAAGAGCUUGUCAAAGUUAUUUCAAUUGAACCACUGACUGAUCAUAGAAAUUUAGAAAAAGAUAAAAACUCUCAAAAUGCUCAAGUUAUAGCUACAAAAUCGGAUGCUGUUACUUUGAAUCAUGACUUUAUUUAUGUAAAUCAAGGAGAGGGUUCUAUAUCUAUGAAUUCAGAAAUAGUUUUAGAAGUCGAUAAUGAUGGUAUUAGUAUGAAAUUAGAAGGUGAAUUGAGUAAUUCAAGAACAGAAGUGUUGGAUAGUUCCUAGGUGUAAUCCUCAAGUUUGACUAUGUAUAGAUCAUGACAUUAAAUUUUGGUUGUUCUACUACCUAUAGAGCUGUGUUCUUUUUUUAACUCACUGUAUAUGACCAAAAAAGAGAAUUGUAACGUUUGUGAUUGUUUAAAUGAACAGUAAAUUGAAUAUCAAAAAAUUAAUACAAACCACAAAAGGUAACAUUGUAUAGGUGUAAAAGUAACCGCAUUUUAAGAAUCAUCCUUCAUAUGUAUAAUAAUAAAAAAAAAAUGUUGGCGGUCGUCCUUAUUGCUUGGUAUCGGAAAAUUUUCCCCUGAUUAUUCCGUGAUUUGCACAGGCAUAAAAAUAUAGGAAUCGGAAAAUUACGAACUUGUGGUGAGAAUUUUCUGAGGCCCAGGAACAGUUACGCCCUAGCGACGACCUGCCAACAUUUUUUUUUAAUUUUUUUUAAUUAAAUAUGUUUUAUCGGUUUAGUGGGUAGAAAUCAGAAAAUAACGGAAAAUCGAUGAUAUUUCAUACAUCUUAGCCGUUAGAAAUCUUUUCUGAUUCCUACUGAAAAA